AUUCGAUUUUGUUAUUGAAUGUUGAUGCACUAGAUACCACAGCAACUGUUUUCAACGUAAUUUGAGAUGGAUGAAUUCAUUGGUCCCCCUCUUUAUAACUACUUUUUAAAAGAAAAACCACGAACAACAAAUCAACAGUAUGGAUAUUUCUAUAAAGAAGAACAGGCUAAGAAGGUCAAUGUUGAGCGAAUCGAGCCUCCUGACAAUAACGCGGUAUCAUCUUCGAAUUCACUUAAAACACACCCAAGACAUCGCCUAAUGAAAUUAAAAUCACCACUACCGAAAGCUAUUAAAUAUCAUACCAUACCAUCUCUAUUAAAGUACAGAAAAGACAGUGAAGUUGGUGGUGGAAGAAAAGUCCCGGAUACGUGUUUAACCAGAGUUAAAGGAAUUCAGCUGUGGCAUGCUCAUACAGGAUCAUUAGUUCACAUAAAACCGUAACAGUUAUCAAGAGCCUAUUAUAAUCUUGGUGCCAUGGAUAAGAUUUUUCGUUGUAUUAUACGAAUUACUUAUGCUUAACUUGAGUUCACAGAAUAUGUUAUAUAUUACGUAAUAUCAUAUGUUAUUUUGUUGUAUUUUA